UUUUGUGCCUCCACAGAGCAAGAAUCUGUCCUAGCAGCGAGUUGUUGACGCCAGCGUUGCCAAGACAUCACAGCCAGUUUGCAAAAAAAUGUCGGCUCUGUAAGCAGCAGAUGGCUAAUGUGUUGGAAACCUUCCGUUCGGGCUCUGUUUAUCACCAAGUCACAUGCGUAUUGCUCUGGAUUUAUUUGGCUCAUUCUCAGAAAGUUGUCGUGUUCCAGCCGUCUUUUCUGACCACAACUGGACCUGCUGUCAGCGCCUUUCUGCUCGGAAACAUCUCGGACGUCUCCCUGGAGCUGAGGACGGUUUCUCCAUCCAACACAACAGGCACAGUAGGUCCUCCAUCAUGCGUGACAGAGCCAACACGGUGGAUCCUCACAGGGGAACAGAUGGGAAAGGACGCUGUUCGCGUUCAGCUGAGAUUGAAUCAGAGUAUGCGUAUUUGUGGUGAGAACGACACAGCCGGUGACUGCUGUUCAGAGAAACUGUGUGUGCUGGAGGCCCUCCAGGUGUCUGCCUGUGUUGGCGGCUCCCCUCUGGCAUCUCUGCUGAUCCAGGCCACCAUACACGCCCGGCUCUUUCCUAAUAACAGCGGACAUGAUAAUAAAACGGUCAUUCCGAACCAAGUGUACCAGCCGCUGGGCUCUUGUCCCUGUGAUCUGACACUCAGAGUGUGUGACGUACGCUGCUGCUGUGAUAAGGACUGCUCCAGUGAGGACGUGAAGCUGUUUGCAUCUCUCUGCCUACUCGGGCCCUUCGGUGGGCAGGUCUCUCCUGCUCCAGACUAUCAGUGCUCCCAGCAGUCUGCCGAAAACUCCCCAGACUGGUUUCCAUUUCUAUGCGUCCAUUCCCCACCUGAAAACAACCCCUAUCUUGGUCUUUUUUACAACGGUGACACAAUAUCCCCGAGGUCUGGUCCAUCCUUUCAAAGACCAACAUUGUCAGCUCCAGUCCCAGUCAAUCUUUAUGUUCAGGGAAGUCCGAUCAUGACCUCAAGUAACCAGUACUUCAGUAUUCCUCAGAGGGUCCUUGGGCAGUGCGUAAAUGGUGCUCCUGUGGCGUUUUUGAAAAACUUCAAAGUGGAGUGUGUAACUCUGCUAAGUUCCUGUCCAGUAGGAGCUCCCUUUCAAACACGACCAGCAGAUUUGAGUGCUCAAGUGAUGAAUGGCCGAGGAGGGGAUGUUGUGGUGGUUGUAACCGAUGUCAUCGACACUGACUUGAGUCAGGUCAUUUCUGGAAGCAGUGCUGGAGUCUCUGCAGCUGGGAGGCUUGAAUGCGAAAAUGUGACCUUGGCACUGGAUUACAAAAUCUUUUGGAAAGGAAACGGCAUCACAGGUAUCACACUGACCCGCACUGUUGGGACCAUCAUCUCAAAUGCUAGUGUGGUAUUAACUACAAGAUAUUCUGCUGUUUUUCUUAAUGGAGAACAAAUGGCUGAGGCCAACUCAGGUAACCCAGGUUAUCAGGUGGGAAGACCUGUCCAUGCCGGAAUCAUGGACAAUAACUCAGACUCGAUAGAGAGGACGACAGUCAAUCUUUGGAAACCAGUUCAAGAUGGACUCUGUUCCACUGCUGAGAAGCGAGCAAUUUUAUUUGGAGAAAAUUCAACAUCAGGGUGCCUGCUACCUGUCAGACAACAGGAUUUAUUUCAGUGUGAUCUCCUGAGAGAAACGGUUUCAAACUUACAGGCAGCUUUGAUUAUACCAACGUAUGUGGCGAAGAAAGGAAACCCAGAAUCAUCCACACUGACAGACUGGCUUAACAUAAGCACUGUGACGCUGAACUCGAGCACAACUGUGGAAGGCACUUCAGGGGCCUGUGCUGGCAUUCCAUCACACCAGUAUAUCUAUGUUUGGAGUCUUAUCACCAGCCUGGUGGAUGGCUCUCCUCAAAGGGAAAUUCUUGACUUGCAAAUUGGUUACAGCCUGUCCACCUGGGCCCUGGACUGUGGAGGGGGUGAUUUCACUUCAUGUGAGGAGACUCAGUUGUUCCCCAUCACUUCCUCUGUCACCUUUAUUGACAUACCCGUCAACGUGGGACCACCAAAAACCAGGUUUCAGAUCAACUUUACAGAGUAUGACUGUAACCGGAAUGAUGUCUGCUGGCCCGAGCUCGCUUUUCCCUUCACCAAAUAUUACACAGGAGAGCCAUAUUCUCAAUCGCUGGCCAAGGGCAUGAUCUUGGUUUUCUUCUUUAUCACUGCCUCAAUUCUGGGAACUCCAUGGAGGCAAAUCAGGCAGGUGUGGCACAGUGCUGCGCUCUAAAACCUCUGAGAAGGAUGACACUCACAUGGAGAACCAGGGUGUAAAUAAUUAGUAGUCUGUUAAAUGUAAAUGGUUUGUUUUUGUGAAUGAGAAUAGUUUAUCGGUACACUAUUUUGUAAUAAA